UCUUCUUCUUCUUCUUCUUCUUCAGGAGUUUGGUUUGGAGUUUGAUUUGAAGAAGAAAUUCAUAUGACCACGAUUCUUGUCCAAGCGCCUUCGCUCGCGUAUUACCCACUUGAACAUUAUUGGACAAGCCAGAUAGCUUGGAGAGGAGAGAUAGAUAUAGCUCAGCUACUCGAGACUGUGGGAGCUGGCAACCGGGAGACACACACACACACCCACACAUACAUCCUUGGCUGACUGACUCUAUGGAUCCAAUGACUGCCGUUAUCCCCUGCACGGUUUCAGUCCGUUCGCUCUCUUUUCCUGCACAAUGCUUGACCGGACUACUAAGAAUUGCUUAUUCCCGUCUCACCUUUUGGAAGACAAACUUCAGUAGAAAAGCGCCCUCCUCCCACGUUUUCCCCGUGCUGCCCGCGCUGUUUUCCUUUUGAUGUUGGCCCAUGGGUUCUCUUCCCUCUGGAUCUCCACCCACCCGGCUCGGAUACGCCCCGCCUGGCUGUAUAUCUGUAUGUCUGCAUGUCUGCAUGUCUGUAUCCCCUCCCGGCUGCAGCACGAGGCCCAUGCGCGAUGACUCUUCCCCCCCCCCCCCCCCGUGGAUCCCGAAAGAAUGAAGAAUGGAGGGAAAAAAGCUGCCGCACGCAGAUGCAGACAACAGUUACCAAUAUGUGGGAAUUGUCAUCUUGCAUCCCCACCACAUAAGCUCGGGCCUGGUGGUGUCCCUUCCUGGCCCAAUCAUAAUAUAUAUCUCUUUGUUGACUCCUGGCUCCCCUUGGCCCCUGACUCCUUGAACUUCCUCCCCCCCCCCCCCCCCUCUCCAAAAAAAGUCCCAACCCGUGUCAGAGUUUUACUACCAUCCUCGACCUGUUUGAGCAGUCUGCCCCCGACAUACGCAUUGUCCGAGAUGACCAGGGCUUUUUUCUUUUUUUUAUUUCAAUUUUCAACAGCCAUUUCGCUUCAAUAGAUUCGACUGACAAUUGACUCGAGCGCUGUACCGUGCAGGCUUUUCUGUUAAGCCAUUGUUUCGCUUCCAGGCCUAACCUAUAUAUAUAUAUAAUCUUGGAGGCAAAAACAGGAUGAGGACAGCGACGUUUUAUACCUGGUAUUCGACAUCCCAUAAUCCUUUGCGCUCACGGCAGCUUACCUUAACCCUGCGUCCAGAGGCCGAGCCCCUACUACAAUCCGUCCAGGUCCAUGUAACUAAUCGUCCGAACUCGCGCGCAACCCCCUUCCAAAGACGCUCACCCCCCCCCGCCCAUUGUCUUGACGGAAAUAAUUCAAUUUUCUCCGUGUGCGAUACAAUACUAGACGGGGGAAGAAAUCGACAAUUGCCGUUGCCACCAUGACCGAACAGCAUUAUUACCUUUGAAUAAUAGGGGGUUUAGCAAACAUAAGAGGAGCUGGGGCUGCUGACUUGAUCUACUUGCUGCAACCUUUUUGAGGUGACCCUUUGGCGCUUGCGGGAAAGAGAAUAGAAGCACCACACCACACCACACCACACCACUUAAAGCGUAGAUUCAAAGCUGUUGGUAGAUAUUCUUCAACACAUUUGUAAUUCCGAGUUUUCACUCAUUAGCAGACCAUUGCCUGGACAAUCACCCGACAGCUGCUGCUGAAGUGAAAGCGGUUUCGCGGCAUUCAGAAAGGUUAUGUGACGAUGUACAGAGGGUGCUUGGUGUAUAUGGAGAUUCCCACUCGCUUGGAGCAGGUGUAUGAAUUGCCAUUGGGAACACAAAAGGGAAUACCCAAAGGGGAAUCAUAAGCGUUGGGAAAUCUGGAAUGCGUUGUUGCAAAAUAUAUCCUGAUUGAAGGUUGCUGGAUGAUGUCGAUGGGUUGAGAUACUUCGACAAAAUCUGGGAUUGAGCAAUUUUCAAAAAUGGUGGCCCUCCUGCCAGAAUAGCUAGCUGCUUUGUCCAUCUUCACAUUGUAUGGCCAUGCAUGCUCUCUGAAUGACAGCAGGAUCUACUACUCAUGGGCCGUUUCUUCUUGCCUUUCAACAUUGUCCAUGUUUUGAGAGAUAAGAUAAUUUCAUUUCCUGUUCUUGUGUUUACUUUUAACAUGGCGUAGCCAGCGAUACAGCAACACACAUUGACUCCCAAUGUGUAAUGUAUUCCGGCUCGCCGACUCGACUGUCAAUCGAAACCAUGAACAAGCCUCAAGCCUGAGGGAACGAGUAACUAGUCAUUUAGUUAUUUAACUGUCGCUGAUUGGUUUGGUAGUGCUAGUAGCGUAGCGUCAGGGUUAACAAACCCGAGCAAGUUAUUUAUUUUGGCAGCCUGAAGAUUCACCAUCCAUCACAUUCAGACGCGUGGCAGCGAGAUUCUUUCCUUAUCGAAUUCUUCAUUUCCCAUAUCUCGCCGUUCUCUGUAACUACAGAACACGGAACCCAAAGAAGCGAAGCAAAUGUCCCAUGCUCAGGUCGUGCGAAAGAUCCCAAAGAAGUCGCGCAACGGCUGCCAACAAUGCAAAGCAAGAAAAGUGAAGUGUGACGAACAAGCACCGUGUUGCCGCAACUGCAAGUAUCGCAAAGUGAACUGCAGCUAUCAGUUGCAAUGGGGUCAACCAUCUAGCUUCAUACCAUCUCGAUAUAGUAACCCUCAGCCUGCCCAACCGUCGAAUGAAGUGCAAAAGAACAACUUGCUCCCGUCUUCCCGCCCCCCCCUUAUUCCUCCUACCCGCUUAGCACACAAUGGAACCACGCCAUUACAGGAGCUCGAGUUAAUGCAUCAUUAUGCUACUACUGCAUUUGCUGUUUUCGCCGACUACGAAGUGUACAGGUCCAUUUGGCAGGUAGCUGUUCCUCGCGAGGCGCAAUCGUACCAGUUCCUCAUGCAUGUCAUCCUCGCCAUAUCCGCGCUACAUAUCAGUCAUCUUCGCGAGACUUCUGAUCAUGGGAGUGGGUCUUCAUACAAGGAAUUGGCGCGCACACAGUACCAUGAUGCGGUGGUUGCAUUUCGCUCGACGGUGCCGCGAAUGACCAAGUCUAAUAGCAGCGCCGUAUUUGCUUUCUCUAAUUUGACAAUCUACUUCGCCUUCGGCUCGUCAAAAUUCUCGGCCGACAAUGGAAGGAUGGAAGAUCCGAUUGGCGAGUUGCUGGACGUGUUUACCCUUCUAAGAACAGCCAUGGAGACUAUACGAUCGUCGUGGGACUCACUUUCAGAUGGCCCUCUCGCUCUGCUCCUUCAACGUGGGCCAGCGAUUACAGACCGUCAGUACCUCCCUCCAGACAUUGCCAUGGGACUAGAACUCAUGGAGCAAUUCUGUCAGAGUGUGACUACCAUUCGAGGUAGCGACGGAACGAUCAAUGAGACUUAUCAAGUCGCCAUCAAGCAGCUCUGGGACUCAUUCGUCAUGGCGGAAACGAAACGCAAAGACUGGUCGAUGGCUCUACGAUUCCCCAUCAUAUUUUCCAAACAGAUUCAGCAGUCCUUGAGGCGGCGAGAUCCAACAGCCCUGGUACUUUUGGCGCACUUUUGUGUUUUGCUCCAUCGAGCGCCAACACGGUGGUGGGCAGACGGUUGGAGCGAGCAAGUUAUUGAUGCCGUUUUUAGAAGUCUAGACCUGCGCUGGAGGCAUGCAAUAGCUUGGCCGAUGAGAGCAAUUGGUGUGGAAAUGCGAAGCAUAGAUUUAGACGCUGCGGAUUGGGAUUUACUUAGUAUAUGAAAUAUUGCAAUGAAUUUUUAUUCUGGUGCGUAGAGCGCCUCAUGCCCUAUUCCCUACUUUGCUCAUCACGAGACAGUUUGCGGACGGAACUAUUCAGAACAAGCGAACUCUAGUAUUCAAUGACACGCGUGAAGCGAUAAAAGGGUCAAGUAUAAAGUAUUGUUUAUCUAUCUAUAUCUGAACAAAAUGCUAAUAGAGAAAUAUGCCCAAAGGAACAAAAUCCAUGAUAAGCGCGAAUGAACGGUAACAUACCAAGUACGAGAAAACCCGCGUCAAUAGAAGCCUCCAAAACCCCCCAGCUUUAACAUACAAAGUACGAGAAAACCCGCGUCAAUAGAAGCCUCCAAAACCCCCCAGCUUCCAGAUGACCAAAGGAAAAUCGUGAUACAGCAGCGCUUCUGUUGUUCCGAGUACACGCAUCGCUCAAGCUAGGCCCCUCGUUGCGAUAGCAUGCCUCGCAUAUGUUGUCUCCGCGAAACUGGGCCUUUGUUUCCUCAUUGAGUUCGGAUUAUUACCAUGAGUUCCGGCAAGCCCAAGCUCCUCAGGGUGCAUAUCCAUGCCAACGGAUUUCAGCCGAGAAUCUCCCUUCAACAACUCGGAAAUCACACCCGGGUGCAUGACGUUCAGCACCAUCAUAAGAAUCCACAUUAGCGUGGCGUCGAAAAUAUAGAGGUAAAAUUCGCGGCUCAGGAGCGUGCCGUCCGCGCCCUGAAUGUAUUCAAUAAUCCGAAAUAUGGAACGGAUCAUGAUAAGGACGGAGACGGCGUAAAGAGAAUAGAGGUAUUUACUCCAGGAAACCUGGAUAGAUAGUGAUGCUGUCGUUGGCCUAGCAGCCAUCCGGCGGUGAAAGAUGACCGAGACAAUGAUGAAAAGGCCGAAAAAGAUAAGCUGGAUGCACAGGCCAACGAUGAUCACCUUUUGGCCUAACGAGAGAUUCGACUUUGUACCGCUAGACAUGAUUCCGCCGCCUAAGCUUGCCGUUAGAUGAUCCAUGUAUCCGCACGAGCCGAGAGCCGUUUUGUGAAAGAGAACCUAGCGAUGAAGAGCUGGUAUCGAGAGAUAUUCUUCGUAUUACCGAAAACUUUUCGCCGUGGAGGAUGGCAAUGAUGCGUCCUAGUUCCAUGUAUAUCGACGCAGCAAACAGAGCUGGAGCUAGCAGUAAAAAUAGGUUUUGGAUAAUGUACGGCGUAUCUGUGAAUAAGGGCGCUUCGGUACUCGAGAUGAUGCGGGCGCUGUAUCCUACAAUCUCAACUGAAUGAUAUGAGCAAACAUGCAAAGCUCAUACGCCGAAAAUGGCAACAUCAAUCACUCACAGAUUCCCCCAACAACGACAGGGAUGAAAAACCACACACUCCUUUUGACGAGUUGGAAUGUGUGAAAGCCAGUGGUUGGCAAAAAGAGUAUAAUGAAGACUAUGGCCGCAGCCUUGGAAGGGGUAUAUUUGUAGAAGUCAUGAAAUUCUUCAUUGGCCAUCUUGUCUGAAAUUUCGCGAGCCGCAGGAGAAGUGAUAACGUAUGACAAAACUCUCUAUAUAUGUAUGGGAGAAAAGUGAACGAGAGACGGCAACAACAGAUCUAGUAGCAUCAUCCCCUUUUAUAUAAACAGAAAAGGACAUGCCUGCCAUUGCGAUAGAGCAUCAACAAUUCGGAACAGAAAUAGCAAGACUCGUCAUACAACCUGGUUUGAAACUGAGCCAGGUCCAAACUUCGCCUCUUAUUGCGUACGUCUUGUGCCAUCUCACUGGACUUGGUCGUGGUUAUAGUUCCUACGUUCGGAUUAAUUUCCACCUUUAG